AUUGUCCAAUAAACAUUGCUACUAGACAACGAUACGAUAUUAACACGUAAAAAAGUACCAGAGGGUGUUGCCCUUUAGUAUUUCUCUUGACCAAUGUACCAAUAGGAAUGGUGUCUUAACAAUACUCAUAAAAGAAUUCAAACCAAAAAGCAAAAGCUCUGAAUUCUUCUCUCUCAUCUUUUACUUUUUUUUUCAUCUCAAAAUAAAACACUCUCUCCAUUUACACAUUUCUCUCUCUUUUUCUUUUUCUUUCUCUUUACAAAUCUCUUCUUUUUCUUCUUCAAUGGCAUCAUCAUCAUCAUCACCUCUCAUUCUCUCCUUAUUACUCCUUAGUAUUAACACAGUCAGCUCGGCUUCGACCUGGUGCGUGGCUAGGAGUGACGCCGGCAUUCCGGCUCUGCAAACGGCUCUAGACUACGCUUGUGGGUCUGGAGCCGAUUGCAUUCCGCUACAAGCCGAUGGACUGUGUUUUCUUCCUAAUACGAUCCAAGCUCACGCUUCUUAUGCUUUUAAUAGCUAUUAUCAACGUAAAGGAAUGGCUCCUGGUUCUUGUGAUUUCUCCGGUACCGCCACUGUAGCUCAGUCCGAUCCAAGUUAUGGAUCUUGUGUGUAUCCAUCUUCAUUAAGCACUGCAGGAGGGACUUCACCAGCCACAGCAUCAUCAAACAACCCUACUACAAUGACUCCGGCUACGACAAACACGCCGGUCUUUGGCAACGGAUUAACACCGGGAAUGACCCCAACAAUCCCCGACAAUGUUGACAAUUCAAGAGCAUCAUCAUCUGAUCCUACAAUGACAACAAUCUUCGCUACGAUCACAAUCUUAUUAGUUCUCACAAUUGCCCUAAACCCGAGUUAUGUCUUCUCUUAUUAAGUCAUGGCAAACGGUCGAUGUAACAACCUAGCAUGGAGAAAGAGACUUUGCAAAUUUUUGGUAGAAGUUGAAGCUAAGCUUUGUUUGUUAUUACCAUAUCAAGCUUUUAAUGAAUAGGGCUUCAAUAUUUUGUGCUAUUUUCUUUUGCUAAUAGGGUUAUUAAUUAAUCUAUAUAGGUCUUAAUUAAGGUUUUUUCAACUUUGUAGGAAAAAACAGUCAAAUUUUAUUAUUAAUUUUUAAGCUUUUGCUUGGUAA